AUGUCGAAUUCCACAGACUUAUGUAUCCGUCUAGCGAGAAUCCUACCGCAAAGCCACAUCAUCACGAGACGAGACAGCAGAUCCAGCCAGGAUUACAAGAAUCCCAUCGACCUCGUGGAAUGCGGUGUAUUCUCCACACCUCUAGCUUCAGCGCCACCAUACAAAGCGCUCUCGUACGCAUGGGGCAAUCUAGACAUCGUCGAGCCAAUCCUACUUCAAGGCAGAUUAAUCAAAGUAACAACAAACCUCGAAGCGGCACUAAGACAUCUCGCCACGACAAUCCGCGAGCCUUUGACGAUCUGGAUUGAUUCCAUUUGUAUAAAUCAAGAGGACGAAAAGGAAAAGACUGAACAAGUUGGUCGGAUGCGAGAUAUUUUCUCGCAAGCUGAGGAGGUCAUUGCAUGGCUUGGUCGUAGUGAAGAUCCGGAUGGAGCUCGGUGGGCGCUACGGUGGAUGAAGGAGUGGGGAUCAAAAGCCGUAGAUUUGGGGAUUGGUUCCACUCCGGAAAUGAUGUUGAGGAGAGUGCUUGUCAGAACUGAAAGCUGUACUAACAUCAUUGAUGGGAUUGAAGAGCGGGAAUUCGCUACCAGCCUCAUGAAAGAAUUGAGCAGCCAUGCGAAUCCACGAUAUGAUUCUUUAAUCACCGCUCUGCAAGACUUCAUGGACCGUCCGUACUGGAGUCGUAUUUGGGUUGUGCAGGAGGUGCAAAUGGCAGCACGAGUGACAUUUGUAUGUCCCGAGGGCGUAUUGGAACCCGAUGCUCUCAACGCAGCUUUGAGAAUCCUCCGCAACUUCAGACAUUGGCAACUGAUGAAGCGCGGUAGCGGAAAACAAGCGCAUCUGAUGAAUUCCAGCUUUUCUGAUCCGGUCUUGGAGACCAAUCCCAGCCACGCACUGAAUCUGCUCAAACUCACCCGCACGGGAGGGUACGGCAUGGUAUCCUUACUCCGACACUCGCGAAUGUGCAAGGCAACAGACCCAAGAGAUAGGAUCUUUGCACUUUUAGGCGCCUCCAUACACGCCGAGCGUCUGGGUCUGGAACCGGAUUACAGCUUGACGUGCGAGCAGGUGUAUACCGACGUAGCGAGGAGACUCCUGCAACGUGGACAUUUCGAGCUGCUAGAAUCAUGCACCCACACGGUGGAUAGAGCUGACUCAAAGCUGAAUCUGCCAUCCUGGGUGCCGGAUUGGACAAUACCACCGACACGCUCGGCAUUACAAGAGAGGGGAUAUCCUGGAGCGCAAGGAGACAGCUCCAACAGAUUACAGCCAGAAUUUCGAGCGAGUGGRGCGCGUGUUUCGGCUGAGAUUGAAGUCCUUUCUUGGAAUGAUCCUCUCAUCCUGUCGGCCAUAGCGAUUGGGCAGGUCUGCCUUGUUGGCGAUGCGUCAAAAGAAAGAGGCACCAGUCACUGGCUCCAGACCAUACAUGACUUGGCACAAGCAACGGCGUGUCGCUACUCAUAUUCCGCCGGAACGACAGAAGCAGUGUGGAGGACCGCCGUUGCAGACCAGCUAGUUCGCAACGGCAAGUACAAACCUCGCUUGCGUGAAGAUGAAGUUGAGCGACUCAAAGCAUGCUUUUCGAACAGGRCAUAUUCUUCUCUUCAGCCAAAGGACUUUGUCGACAAUGACAUGGGUUUGUAUGCGGAGCAGUUGAACAAUUUUAGCCGGAACCGUCGACCAUUUGUCCUGUCGAGUGGACAUCUCUGUGUUGGACCUGAAGAGGUGGCUGUUGGAGAUCGUGUGUUUCUUUUCCUGGGCGCCAGUGUGCCGUACGUUCUUCGAUCGCGAGAUGACGAUAGCUUCGUUUUCGUUGGGUCGGUGUACGUGCAUGAAUGUAUGGACGGUGAAGCAGCUGGUGACGAUGCCGUAGUGCAAGUGAUUGAGAUUCACUGA